GCGGCGGGGCAGAGAGCGUGACUCGCCCGCUCCAGUGCCACCGGUUCCCGCUGCGCUUCCCGCCGUCGCCGCCAACGCGCAACCAUGUCGGAAGAGAAGCCCAAGGAGGGAGUGAAGACAGAGACGGGGCAGGAUGGCUCAGUGGUGCAGUUCAAGAUCAAGCGGCACACUCCACUGAGCAAGCUGAUGAAGGCCUACUGCGAGAGGCAGGGCUUGUCAAUGAGGCAGAUUCGAUUCCGGUUUGAUGGACAACCAAUCAACGAAACAGACACUCCAGCCCAGCUGGAGAUGGAGGAUGAGGACACCAUUGACGUAUUCCAGCAGCAGACAGGAGGAACAGCUCUCCGAGGGACCGCCCCCAUACCCAACCAUUGUCCUGACAUUUGCUAUUGAAUGGUGACCAUGCAGCCACGCCAAUCACAGAAGAGUCAGCAGAAGCCAGAGUCACCGCUUGGAGUGAACUACAGACCAUAAUGCAGGGACGCGAGUAUUAUGUAACUUGGCCAACAAGAGUGUUUGGUUUAGGGAAAUGAGAUGUGAGGUUUUGGGAUUUGUUUUUUG